AUGUCUAGAACCAACGCCAGCACCACGACCACCACCGACUCUAGCAGCAGUGAUUAUGAACCAUCGAAUACUGAGGGUGAUACUAGUAGCAGUGAAAACGAGUACAGAAAGGAGAAACGUCUUUUCUGGAGUGAUGGAUUGGUGGCAAAAAACUUGGAGUUGGAAAUCCCCAGAUUCAAUACUGUAGAGUCCGGUUAUCUAGCAGAUGAUGAGAGCGACACAGAGGAGAAACCAAUAGAGAAAAUGGAAGUGAAAUUGAAAAAACGGUCCAACGAGAUGUCCAAAUCGAGUAGUCUCUUUUUGAGCGAUUCUGACGGAUUUGAGGAGCGAGCUGUUUUGUGA